GACCCCGCGGAACGGCGGCAGCACCGGCCCGGUGCCCGUUCCCGGUUCCCAUUCCCCGCCCAAGCUUCCGAGUCGGGGAGCGCACGCAGUUCGGCACCCCCGGUUCCGCCGGUGCCCCCGGUUCCCGGUGCCGGUACCGGCCCCGCCAUGCCCUCCGCGUACCCGCAGCGAGCCCUGACGGUGCUGCUGCUCUUCGGGACCCUGUCGGCCGCCAUGGCGCUGCUCUCCUCCAGCCUCAUCUUCCAGCUGCCCUCGGGCCGCGCCGCUCCCGGCGCCGGCGCGCUCCCGGAGCCGGUGGCCGCCGCCGUGCUGCCGGUGUCGGCCGUGCUGGCCGCGCUCUGCCUGGUGCUCAACGUGAGCUGCCUCCUGCUCUGCCUCCUGCACGGCUACUUCAGCACCGAGCUGGGCCGGGGGCAGCGCGGGCCCGAGCGGGCUCUCUGGUUCCUCCUGGACAGCCGGAGCGUCCGGCACGCGGCCAUCGGGCUCUUCUGCUGCGGGGUCUGCCUCUACCUCACAGCCCUGGCCCUGUCCAUGCUGCUGCUGUUCCAGCUGGAGGCCGCCAUCGCCAGCGCCUGCAUCCUGACCUCGGGCGUGCUGCUGCUGCUGCUCUCCCUGCUCCACGCGCUGCUCCGCGCCUCCCGCAUCUCCCCCCGGCGCUCGGAGCCUCCCCACGCCCUCUACGAGAACGACUCGGCCCCGCCCGGCCCCGAAAUCCACCGGGAAUUCUCCUUCCCGCCUUCCCCCGAGGGCAAAUCCCGGCCGGGCUCGGCCUCCAGCAGCAACCGGAGCUCCGGGAGCAAGGAGUUCCCAAGGGGAUCCCAGUGGGAAUUGUCCAGGAGCAAGGAAUCCCAAUGCCAGGACUGGUCCAGGAGCACAGAAUUCCCAAGGGAAUCCCAGUGAGAAUUGUCCAGGAGCAAGGAAUUGCCCAGGGAAUCUCAGUGGGAAUUUUCCGGGAGCAAGGAAUCCCAAUGCCAAGACUGGUCCAGGAGCAAAGAAUUCCCAAGGGAUGCCCAGUGGGAAUUGUCCAGGAGUAAAGAAUUCCUGAGGGAAUCCCAGGACUGGUCCAGGAGUAAAGAAUUCUCAAGGGAAUCCCAAGACUGGUCCAGGAGCAAGGAAUUGCCCAGGGAAUCCCAGUGGGAAUUGUCCAGGAGCAAGGAAUUCCCAAGGGAAUCGUCCAGAAACAAAGAAUUGUCCAGG